AUCGACAAACCCUUCAGAAGGUUAGUGGCUUCUGCCAUAAUCCACUUGCUGUUACUGGAUGGCGCUUGAAAUAUUUAGAUGCUUGUUCCGUCACAAGAAAUUUGCAUUUUGUCAUUGGUCUGAAGUGGUGGGCUUCAUGACGCGGUCCGGCGGUCCAAUCGCCUAGUCUCUCACUGUUACUCGGUUUUCCUCUCUCCCUUUCACUCAUUUUAACAACCCGCAUAGAACAACGAGCCUGCCUUUCACUCAAAAACAAAAAUGACCGCCUCGGAAGCACGGCCGGAUCAACCGAGUUUGCCAUGGCGGAUAGCAUCAGCGGCCAUCAUGGGCCUUACAGGCGCCAUUUCUCGAGCUUUUUUGCAUGGCCUCAACGACGUUCAAACAGAAGGCCUUCCUCAGUUUCUCGAUCUGUUGGACAAGCGUCGGGCUGGGGCUCCUGAGCGUGGUCUUAUCACCGUCUCUAACCAUAUCAGUGUGCUAGACGAUCCCCUCAUAUGGGGUGCUUUGCCGCUUAAGUAUAACUCUUCGCCGUUGAGCGCUCGAUGGGGACUCGGUGCUCAUGACAUUUGCUUCAAGAAUGGCCUUUUCAAGUCCUUCUUCGGCCUAGGUCAGGUCUUGCCGACAUAUCGUAUGCUCCAUUCACCCUACGGCGGUCUAUUUCAACCGACAAUGACCGAGGCGAUCCGCCUCGUCUCCGGCCCUGGAGCCCUGUUCCCCAUGAAAGCGGCCUUCAGUGCCGGCAACAAUGAGACUUUCGUGUCGCCCGUACAUUACAGGAACAACCAUAACGCAUGGGUGCAUGUGUUUCCCGAGGGAUGUGUACAUCAGCAUCCGCAGCGGUCUCUCCGGUACUUCAAGUGGGGUGUCUCCCGGUUAAUCCUCGAAUCCGACCCGGCUCCGCAGCUCGUUCCUAUCUUCAUCGACGGGUUCUCAGACAUCAUGCCUGAGAACAGGCAAUGGCCGCGGUGGGCCCCACGCAUCGGCGCCAAGAUCCGCAUUAUUUACGGCGAGGCCCUGGAAGUGGGCGAGGCCUUUAGGGAGCAGCGGUCGAGGUGGAAGCGCUUAGUAGAAAAAGAGGAAGAAGCUUUGGGCAAGCGGCUGAACGUUGGCGAAGUGCCCGAAUCACUCAAAUACCACCCCGAAGCUAUCCAGCUACGGACAGAGGUCGCAAAGACUGUGAGGGACAUGGUCCAGAGAUUGAGAUUGCGGGCGGGCUAUCCUGACGAUGAUCCUGCGUAUGCUCUCGCUGAGACAUGGGAGCGCGACCCCAAGGAGAAGCAGUUUAAGAGCCCCGUGGACGACAGUCUGGUUCACAGAGAGUAACAAGGCGACUUUUUCUCUCUCUUUUAUUCGUCUAGAAACUCAUGUUAGAUGGCUGCUCGCAUAGACUGAGUGCCACAUGUACAUCUACUUCUACAUUUUGCAAAUCACCACAUAGAUCCAUAGCAUGGACUUU